AUGCUAACAGCUGGAAAGUGUAAUCGAGGUAUUCCGAAAUGCUCACAUUGUCUGAGGGCCAAUGCCGCCUGUAGCAGGGAGGCUCUCAUCAGCGGAUCACACGUUGCCGUCCGGACUGUCGCGGAACUCGAAGCUGAAGUUGCACGUCUAGAGGCACGGGUCGCCGCGGGUGGACAUGUACAUCCAGACCGUGUACACAUGAGCCCCGGGAUGACCGAAGGUGAGAGUCGUAAUGACGCUGCCGAGCCAAUUCAUGUACUCGACAUAGACACGAGCAGGAAGGGACAGGCGCCGAGUCUAGGCGUUCUGGCCGACCUCAACAACGCCACAGUGUACGAUUACGAGAAUUACAACCUAACGCGCAUGCUCAACAGCGCGCUCAUGCUCGGAAAUGACACGCUUGAUAUACAUCCCAAAAAACAACUUGGCAGGCCAUUGGUGCUAUCCAGGUCAGCGACCGAUGGGCGAGGUCCAUUACAGGACCUCCCCAAAGACCUGCGCGCUUGGUACCUCGAGCGAUACCUGGAACAUGUGAACCCGACAUUCCCCAUCCUCAAUGCAGAAGACAUCAGAUCAACCUUGGAAAGUCUUGACAACGGACAACCUAUCGAUCCCAGCGAGGCGUGUCUCGCAUACUUGGCCUUGGCCAUCGGGGCAGUAUUACCCAGUACAGACUCUUUGAUGGAUGCUAGCGCUGCAUGCCAGUUGUGGCAGGCAGCUUCCAAGGAACAAGUCUUUCACGAUGAAACACCAAACACAGUUCGAAUUCUCAUCCUUCUAACGCUAUUCUCACUGCUCGAGGAAGGAUGUGGAAGUUCCUGGCAUCUGGCCGAGCUAGUUGUACGAUCAUGCAUAAAACUUGGUCUGCACAGCAAAGCAUCCGAACAGACCUUGAAUACAGAGCUAUUUUGGAGUGUCUAUCUUCUCGAUCGCUGGGUCAGCUGCACGCUGGGACUACCGGUGCUGAUCCAUAACGAAGAGUUUGAUCAGCAGAUACCCGAAGCGCCAUCUGAAAGCGGUCAAGAAUCAUCACCAAUCUCACUCUGGCGCAUGGCUUAUAGCCUCUUGGGGGAUGAGCGUGGGCUUUCGAAAAGUUUCCAAGAAUCGACAUGGCUCCGCCGAGCAGGAUCCUCGUCACCGACGUCGCCGCACCUUCAUCUGCUACACAACAUGAUUGCCACGGACCUGCGGAUCGCGCACGCAUCCCGCUGCAUCCUGCGUGAAGGGGAAGCGGCUGCACAAAGAUUUGAUGGUGCCGCUUCAAAUCACCUCUCGGUUGUCGAGGUUGCCAUCAAGCGUGGAUCCACGCUGCCCUGGACGACUGGGUACACGACUUUCCUGUCCGUCAUGAUCCGGCUCAUAUCUUUCGGAAAAAUCUCGAGAUGCGGCCUACUGUUCACUCAAAGCGUCCCUGAUUCGGUGUACAUUUCGAGGGCGGUUGAUGUCCUUCGCUUCCUUGGCCGCAUGUUCAAGUCUCUCGAGUGUCUGGGCGACUUGCUUGGUCACCUAAAUCAGUCUGGCACAGGAAGUAUCUCGGGCUCCGAUGAAACACCUAUCGGUGUACCUCGACAUUCUGGAAUUUUCACCAUUACGUCUCGCGCUUUGCAAUCGAUCGGUGUGGUCUAA